AUUUUUGAAGAAUAUCGUUUAACCUUCACGCAGAAAUGACAGCUCGGGGACUCCGCGCCGGUUUUCGAUUAUUUCUCAAUAAAAGAGAUACGUUUAGGUCCAUAAGUACACAGUCACAUCCUUUAGCAAAAGACCAGGACAAAGUCCAAGGUUCCAAGAUGAGGCAGAUGGAGAAAGAAAUGGAUCCGGAAAUUGGAGCUACAAUCUCUGACAAGGGAACUACAUGGUCAAUGCUUAGUCAGAUGAAGGAACCCCGAGUCAUUAUAUCAAAAGUUAGCCCAUAUGGAUUUACUCUAGCUUCAGACAUCACAUUGAAUGGACCUUGCGUAUUUCUACCUCAAUAUUGCUUUAGUUGGAAGGUUAAGAAUAUUGAUGAUAUAAAUGAGGCAUCAUUGUCAUUCUUUGCAAUGCUGGAACCAAAGCCAGAAAAUCUGAUAAUUGGCACUGGGUUGGGCAGACAGAAAUUGUCGGCAGAUGUUAUAAAGUUCCUGAAGGAUCACAAAAUCUCAUAUGAAGUUCACCCAACUGAGGUUGCGAUUGCCACAUUCAACUUCCAAGUAGCUGACAACCGUUGGGUUAUGGCUGCCUUGAUUCCACCUGAGCCCCUUAAACGGCCUAAAGACCUCACUGGAUUCGUACGUCAACGUAUGGAAACUCACCUUGAUGCUGUAUCGAGUUUACCUGAGCAUGAAAACUAUGACGACAGUGAAUUGUUUUUCCAACCAUCGGAAAAGAAGAAAGACAGAGAAGCCAUUGGGACUCAAGACCCAGGAUCAGUUGAUGUACCGUCAAGUACUCAGGCAGUGACUGUUCCCUACAGGCAGGGUCAGCGUUCGCCAUUAGGAGGCGGGAUUUCUUAUGGAAAUGUCACCAUUGAAGGACAGGAGGCGGAGAAAAGUAUGCAAAGUGAUUCUCAAAAUAGAAUGGUUACAGCUGAUGCUAAGAGUAGGACAGGAAAGAGUGAUGAACGUAUGAAAGACAGUGAAGAUAAAUCAAGUGACAGCAAUGAUGGCAAAAAUAAAAGUUAAUACAUAUUGUUAGCAAUUAUAAAUAAAUAAUUUAAUGGUG